GCUGGCGUUUUGCGCGCACGUCUUUCUGGUACGUUAGCAGCUGCUUAUUAUUUAUCCAGUCAUUGUAUUCUGUUGCAGCAAGAAAAUUCACGUCUGUGUUCAUGCCAGAUCUGCAGCGCUUUAGUUUUCCAUACCAUAGCAUGAAUCCUUUGUUGGGGGCCAACGCGCAUCUCCAACAGCAUCCACAGCAGAGCCAAGCGCCCGGACACCCGGAUUCUCCCUCAGGCCUCCUGCCCGACGCCGUUUUCGGUGGACCGGACCCGGCUUCUUUUCUGCUGGGCGAGCAGGCUGGCCCGGGGCCUGAUCAGCCGGGGCCUGACUUCACCGCACCCUCACAGACCUCAUCUUACCUCCACCACAACCACAGCAGCCACUAUCAGCAUCGCGCUGUGCCGCAUCCCCCCGCAGCCAUGGCUCUCCGAAACGACUUGGGAUCCAACAUCAACGUCCUCAAAACUCUCAAUCUACGGUUCAGAUGCUUUUUGGCCAAAGUGCACGAAUUAGAGCGCAGAAAUAAGAUUUUAGAGAAGCAGCUGCAACAGGCGCUGGAUAGCAACAGGGGCUGUCAAGGGGGAUGCUGUGAGAACAGGGCGCUUACCCAGGAAGCAGGUGUGCAGACCGGAUUUGUUGGUACGGUAGCGCUCAGGCCCGGUUCCCUCCCCUUCCACAACACCAACAACUCAGCAAGGAGGCCUACAACACUGUUCCCACCACCACUCACGUCGGCGCUCCCACCUGCAGCCGCUGAAAACACCAGUUCAACCCAAACGAAUACCAGUUACCCCGCCAUCACUGUCAGCCAGUCCUCCCCCUGUGCGGACUCCCCUGGCUACGGCUCCAAAACUGCCCCCAACAACAGCGCAGGCCCGGGCAGCUCCAACAACCCUCCUCCGCGGUUCCUUCCGGGCACCAUCUGGUCCUACAACCACACCCGCAAGUUCGGCGCCGGUGCGGAGCGUCUGACCAGCCCGGGAGUGUCAUGGGUGCACCCGGACGGGGUUGGGGUCCAGAUUGACACGAUCACCCCUGAGAUAAGAGCCCUGUAUAAUGUCCUGGCCAAAGUGAAGAGGGAGAGAGACGAGUAUAAACGCAGAUGGGAAGAAGAAUACACUAUGAGGAUGGAUCUGCAACAGAAGAUUGCAGACUUACAAGAGGACCUGCAGGAGAGUGAAGGCUGUCAGGAUGAACUGGCUCUCAGAGUUCAGGCGCUGAAGGCAGAGCUGGUUCUCUUCAAAGGUCUCAUGAGCAAUAACUUGUCAGACCUGGACAGUAAGAUCCAGGAGAAAGCCAUGAAGGUGGACAUGGACAUCUGCCGCAGGAUCGAUAUCACCGCUCGUCUGUGUGACGUAGCCCAGCAGAGGAACUGUGAAGAUGUGAUCCAGAUGUACCAGGUUCCUAACAACCAAUCAUCUUUAAACUCCCGCCGGAAGCAAACUCCUCUAUCAUUUAACGGGAAUGAAUGUGACGAACCUCUCAGCACCUCUGAAAGCGACGGCGGCGUGGUCAAAGACGAGGAGCACUGUGGCUCAUCAGCCAAUCAGAUCAAUGAGGAGAUGCAGAGGAUGCUGAACCAGCUGCGUGAAUGUGAAUUUGAGGAUGACUGCGACAGUCUGGCCUGGGAGGAGACUGAAGAAACGCUGCUUCUUUGGGAGGACUUCCCAGGAUGCACUCUGCCUCCUGACCCCACCCACCCACCAGGAGAGGAGGACACUCUGGAAAAGGUGAUUAAUGACACUGAAUGUCUGUUUAAGUCCCGCGAGAAGGAAUACCAGGAGACAAUUGACCAGAUUGAGCUGGAACUGGCCACAGCAAAGAGUGACAUGAACCGACACCUGCACGAGUACAUGGAGAUGUGCUCGAUGAAGAGAGGCCUGGACGUUCAGAUGGAGACCUGCAGGAGACUCAUCACACAGAGUGGAGACAGUAACUCUGCAGCCCCUGCGUCCUCUGACGAGAGUGACCAGAGAGAAAACGAGAAGCCCUCAACAUCUCCACCUUCUUCCUCGAGCACUGGGAGAUCUUGACACUUCCUCACCCCGGCAGAAACAGAGGCUGCGGUCAUCUGACCUCCACUGCAUCCGGCUAUACAGUACCACACAAACGCAAUAUAAACCUGUAACUGUGGCAACACCAUGUUUACAUAUGAAGGUCUUCAUUUACUGACUCGUAUCAUUUAUCCUUGUGCUGUCCACGCAAAGCAGCUUUGGUCUAAGGAGACUUUGAGCACUGAAACUGUAAUCGACUAGCAGAGCGGAAGACGCUUGAAGAUCGUAAAUUUACUGUAAGUAAAUGGGCUGAUGUCCCUCUGGUGCAGGGAGGCAGUGCAGUGCUGUAGGAUGCAGAAAAGCAAAGCAUGACUUUUUCACUGCACACUCACCAACAAACACUUGUUAACAUGGCAUCUUUAUCUUACAAUAAUCUAGCACAUUUAAAUAACCGUUAAUCAUACAGUAACUCCGACAGCUUUAGAGCCACUCCGCCAAAAAUACAGCCCUGUAAUUUAGAUUCUCUCAACGAACCAACUAAAAAACAAGAAGCAGAUUAACUUCAGUCUAACAGUGCAGUGGUGGUAGUUUGACCUGGCAUCAACACAUGAAGCAUGAGUCUUUGAAGUCUUAUAUGAUGUCAUGAUUCAGCAUUUUACUGCCUUACAGCUGCAGAUUCAGAGCUUGCCUUUUAUCUGUGGGGAAACAGAUCAAACCAUGGGCGAACCGAAGCUAAAGUCAUACAUAAAUCAUAACAUCUGUACUUUAUUUAGCAAAACAUAAAGUGGAAAAAAUUAUAUAGAUAACCAAAAGAUCAGCUGUGUGUAAACUGGAGCAGCAGAGUUGUGUCUCUGAAUACCAACAUGCCUUGUCCCUCUUGCCAUUAUUGUUGGGUAUGAUAUUGAAAAUAGUGUUUUGAGCUCGUUGGUCUAAUGACGUAAUCACUCUGUGGUCCCGUUCAGGUAAAUUAACUGGAUUCAAACAGUUUGACCACGUUGUCUAUUGCUGAUGUGCUAUGAAUUUCCUGGCCAAUAGGCAGAGCCGGACCGGCGUUUCGGCUCCUGCGAUUAUUGAAUUCAUACGCAAUAAUAUGGGUGCGCCCUCAUCUUUGGAUAAAUGGCCAAAAUAGCUCACCAUGUCACAGUGUUUCCACUACAGUUAAAAUAAAUUUCAACAGCACCUACAGCAUUGGCAGUAAGUGCCAGCAUCAUUAUGAUGUCAGGUUUAAGAAGAGGAAACCAUACCAAUAUUGCAACCCGAGAGAUCCAUCCUAGAAUAAGAAUCAGAAGUGAAUUUGCAACAUAACAUACCUGAGCCAGAUGAAGCGUUUUUCAGGAAACUUGGAUCACAAACAAGGCCAUUUACAGCAUUUCCUCACAAAAAAUAAAUGUGAAAUGCAUUGAACAUCACAGAUGAGACUGUUUAAGGUUUGUAUUCCUUAAAUGGUGCUUCAUGAGAAACCCAAAGUGGCAGUGAAGGAUCUUGUCAGUGUCGGAGGGAAGCAUGUUUGUUUUCAGUUUUAAAUGUAGCCAUAGUUGCUGCUCGGUGCGACUGAAACACAGCUGAUCUGGAGCCAGCUUUGCUCUACACUCUGUGUCGUUGACGCUCAGACACAAAAAGUACUAUGUGAUAAGUUGCGUUGGCGCCCAAGCGUCACGUGAGAGCUGUUAAUAAUUACUUUUAUUUUCAGCAGUAAUGCGUCCUUCAGAGUGAAGGCCCUAUAACGUUUGAGCAGAGCUGUACGGUGAGUCAAUUUAAGGAUAGAGUAAGAACGAAAAGAUGGUCAUAAAAUAAUAUAAGAUAGCCGGUGAGUGCCAAAAUUAAAAGAACAUGGGCAUAUUGUGAAUCAACAGGAAAUUGCUGGAAAAAAAAAAGGAUGACUAAAUAUAGCUGCCGAAGCUACUUCACCAAGGUGCUUGAUGUAUAUAACUAAACCUAUUUUUGAGCCUAUAAACGUUUGCACAUAGAAAGGAAAAGCAAAGCAAAAAUGUACUAUAUGAAACAAUCAGCACUAUUACUUGUAAAACAUAUAACAAAAAAUUGUCAACACGCUGGAAAUACGAAAACUAUAUUUCUUCUAUUCAUAUUUCUUCAACUUUUACGUGUUGCAGGUGGGGUACUAGAAUAAUAAAUUAACAUGAACACAUACCUCAUUUUGACUUUAUUUAAUGUAUUUCUGGACACGGUUUAACCUGACAUUUAACUCAGACACACUGCUACAGUAAAGCAUGUAUGAGAAUACAGCUGGAAAUUGUCACUGUUAGGGGAACAGCCCCUAUCAAUCAUCAUGGUCUAUUAUCAGACACUGUUGUCUAAAUUUAGUCUUGGUUGCAGUUUCUUAUGUCUGGUUGAAACAGGUGAAAUGUAUUUCUUCUGCUUCUACUGCGACUCACAUUUCAACGCUUUGUUAUAGUAAAAAAAAACAAAACAGAAGGAGGACAGAUUUGAAGCUUAUAUAUACUCAUGCAUGUGUGGCUGGUGGAAUCAGCUGAAUGCUGAUUUCAGUGUUUCACUACAGUUUGAAUACUGGAGGAGGAUGUCAGAGAUAUACUGUGUGAGACAUAAAACACACCAUUUCCCUUUGUAUAGUUUUACUGUCAUGCACUGAGUGAGUCUCUAUGUAUGCAUGAGCCAGUGUGUAUGUUUUUGGGUGUUACAUCUGUAUAUUGAGUGUUUUUAAAAUAGACUUUUACUGUGGCAAAUGUACAACAUGAAGAAGUAGGACACAUAACAAGUACAAUUUGACAUUGCCUCUAUGUUUAGCAGUUUAACUUUAGUAAGUGGUAUCUGAGACUGAGCUGUCUUUUGACAAUAAUCAUUUCAAAAAUUGUAAGUAUAUAAAUCAAAUGACAAUGGAGUUCUUUUUUCCAUGGGUAAUCUUUCUUUAUGUGUGUAUGUUGUUGCCAAGUAAAGUCAAUUUAAAAAUAACUCAAGUUAAAACAAAUGAACUACUGAAAUGCAAAUGCUUUAGCAAAAUGACUGUACGAUGAUCCUGUUAUUAUAUGUGUAAAGGAAAUAUAGCUUAUAUACUUGUGUUUAAAGACUGCAAAAGAAGAAAGUCCACAGUCACACAACUGAAAAGAAACUCUCAUAUGCUUUGAAUCAAGAUACAAUGAUAUGAUUUCUCUAUUUAGCUUUUCAAUUAAAAGUCGGGUUUUUUUGUCACUUCUUCUGUGAAAGCCUUCCCUCAAAAAUAUUUUGAUCAGAUUUAGUGUCACACAACAACUUGGUGAUAAUCCUGAGCAUUGAUCGAGUACUCCAGAUGUGCGACUUUGCAGCUUUAAACAUCAAGACAAAGCAAUCUUGGCUAAAAAGCUUCACUGCAGAGCUACAGUAUGUAAUGUGUCAAGAGAGACUGAAAGAAUAAA